AUGGCGCAACCACAGCCUCAGGUCCCUCAAGCCCCUUCGCAGAUGCCGCAGGCUCCACACUUGCAACCGCUUCAGCCGAUGACCCAGAUGCCGCAAGUGCCGCAGCAAGUCAGUCAGAUGCAGCAAGCUCACCAAGGAGUCCAGAUGGGCCAGCGCCAGGCCUACUCGCCGCCUCAACUUCAUGCCGCACCUUCGCAGGUCUCUCAACAAGAGACGACGACGAUGACUCCUCCUCCUCCUCCUCCCCCUCCUCCUUCUACUACUACUACUACUACUACUGCUGCUGCUGCUGCUGCUGCUGCUGCUCCUCUUCCGGCUUCUCAGCCCGCCACUUACGGUACGGUACCGCCCAACAAGCGACCCCGUGUGUCUCCAACCCUGCCUACCGCCCCUCAGCAGGCGCAGUAUGUCACCGCGCCAUUCGUUUCAGCUCCUACAACUCAGGGCCCAGUCGCUUCUCCCAUCGCUGCGGCCUCUCCGAGCUACAUCAACCAACAUGCGACCCCCCAGGCUACUCCUACCUACAUUCAGAAACCCCAGACAUAUACAGCGCCCUACCAGAACCAAAACGGUGUUGGUAUUUCGACAGUAGCAGCUAACUCUGCUCCCGUCCAAGCCCCCACUCCUACGCCGACUUUGACUCUACCGGCCUCUCCCGCUCCCCAAAGCGCCCCUACCUCUCCCCCGGUUACCCAGCAGUAUACCACCGCGGCCAUUGCUCCGAAUGCCCCCCCUCCCCCGCCUACCCAGGGCUCGAUGCCGCCCCCUGCUAGGCCCACACAACCUGCAAAGGACGCCGCUUCGAUCCGCGAGCCCAUCAAGGACAUUGAGCUGGAGAUCAGCGACUCCCUCGUCUCCACAGGCAUCGAUUUGCGCGCCGAGGAACAGUUCCUUGCCGAACUCUACAGUGGCUCGUUUUCGCAGGACGCUAGAACCGGCCUGCCGGCCAACCCCCCGGGUCCGCGUACUUCUUUCUACGGUGCCGGUUUCGCGAACCAACCUGGCGAGUCUACUGAGCUCAGCCAAGAGGCCUACGAGGCCCAGGCCGCUCAGAGAGCGUGGGAUGAAGCCGCCCAUCGCCUGGCCGUCGUUCGCAGCAUCGAACUCCUUAGCCCCUUCCUUAACAUUGCUAAUCUACACUACCGUGUGGACAAGAUCGCCAAAGAGCACGGCAUUGCCGUCAACCUGGAGUCCAAGAAUGCCAGCCUCGGCCUAGGCAAGCUGAGGUCCCCUACCGACUUUCCCCAGCCCAAGCUCACCGUCACCACGAAACCGGGUCCCGACGGCGCCAUGGUCACCACUACCGGUUCCUGGAUCCCCCACGACGCUUACCUCGCCGACCAGCUUGCCCUCCUUUCCAUUGCUACCAAGCACCGUCUCCGCGAACUGAUUGAAGAUGCCAAUAACAUCGCCAUCACUCGUCAGAAGACGUCCCACGGGCAGAUUCCCAAGGAGUGGGAGGACGUGUCGGCGCCUCUCCGGACCGGCCUCGAUUCGCUUCCAGACGACAUGCUCGUCGACGGCACCGCCGACCUAAACUUAAAGAAGCGUACCUACGACGCCUUCGCCGCCGCCGCCUCCUCCACAUCCACCACAACCAAACCUCUCCGCGGCGCCAAGUCCCUCGCCGAAGCCGUCCGCGAAGCGGCCAAGCUGGACCGCGAAAUCGAGGAAGCGCGUCUCCGCAAACGUCAGAAACGCCUCAACCCGGAGUCUGCCCAAUCUGGUUCCCGCGCGGGCUCUGCUGCCCCUGGCACUCCCGGCGCCACCGGUUCGACUCCAGAAGAAACCAAGGCUCCGACAAAGAAAGAACAAAAGAAGGCCUCCGCCGCCCGUCUUGCGGAAGCCAAUAGCACCCUAUCUACAAAUCAAACACUUUCCCAGCUCAUGGGCAAACGUAAAAAAGAAUACGCGUGGAUGACAAAAGCCGGUUCGACUCCCAGCACACCCCGCGGAGGGGCCGGAGGAGCAGAUGGGGGUGUGGGUGGUGGUGUAGGCGGGAAGGGGGGAGGGUUGCCGGAGAAGGCGCAUCAUCUUACGCCCGAUCCGAGGUAUCCCCGGUUGGGGACGUGGAGGGAGGAUAAGGAGAGGGGGAGGAAUAUUCAGCUGAGAGAUUGGGUGCAUGUGUUGGAGAUGGAUAGGGAUCGGGUGGAGGGGAGGGCGGUGCAGGAGGCGUACUUGAAGUUGGAUGCGUCGGGGCCUAAGGAUAGGGCGUGA